AGUGGUCGUAUUCGUCGCGUAUAUCUGUUAGGUCGUUUCUGCGAACAUUGGAAAUUUUGCAAGCUGAACUUAAAGGAUUGGCAUUAGGUGAAUCAAGCCAUGUCUUCAAAAAGCAUCGUCAAAAAAACGAAAAACGCUGGAUCCUCGUGGCGGGAUAAAAUGUUUAAAACCGUGGUUGAGGUUGUGAAUAUUUUCCGGAAAAAAACAAGAAGUCGUAAGCUCGAAAAUGGUUUUUAUGAAAAAAGGUCAUUUUUUCAACAUGUUCAGUUUUUUAAAGGCCUUGAAUCUGAUUCAGUAAAAGUAUGUGUUGAUUCGGAAAAGAAAAAAGUGAUUAUUAAAGGCCAAGGAGAUGACUUUUUCAAAGCCUGCGACAAGUGUGAUGGCCUCUUAAAAAUGAUGGUGGAAAAUAAAAAGAAAAGGCUGAAAGAUAAAAGGAUGUGGGAUAUAUUAAGUCAGAAGAUGGAGCUUGUUGAGAAAAGGUUAAAAUCAGAUUGCAUUGAGGCUAAGAUAGAGCUCGAAAAAUCUGGAGAUUCGGUGCUUAUCACAGCUAUGAAUGACCUCGAAUUUACGAGAGCUGGAAAAGCUCUGGAUGACUCAUUAUCAUAAAAACAGUUCCUAUUCCAAAAAAUGCCGACAUUGUUCCUGAAGGUGCUGAGUUUGAAAACUUUAAAGCGGAGCAAGAGAAAAGUCGGGUCUUAAAGGUGUACAUGGAAACAACAAGUGACAGAAAAUGCAAAGAAGUGAGUCUUAUCGGCGCUAAAGAGGACGUGAUACAGGCACAAAAACAAACGGAAGAGUUUGUUGCAUCGAAAAUACCCAAACCAAAACCCCCGCCGACAAAUCCUCAGAAAAAUCGUAGUCAAAUUGACAAUCCUGUUUGUUCGAGAGGUGCAGGAAAACCUGGAGAUGGCACCGUGACCGUUCUUCUGAGGAAAGGAGAUAUAACAACGUUCAAAGGUGAUGCAAUUAUCAAUCUUUUACCAGAUAAUCUCAAGCUCGGUAAUGGUGGCGCAGUAUGUAACAAUAUCCUGAGAGUUGGUGGUGAAAUGAUUCAGCAGGAAAUUAAUAAAGCUUGUCAACUUAUUCAACAUACUCCUGGGAUCCGAUUUAUCACCUCAGCGGGAUCCUCCAGAAAUGUAAAAAAAAUCAUCCACUUUGUAUUAAGUAGCUUGGAUACAAUGGGCCUCCAAAAUGACAUAAAGGAGUGCUUUUUCUUGGCGCAAAGAUAUUCCCUCCGUUCUAUCUUGAUCCCAGCAAUAGGAACUGCGAAUUUUAAUCUUUCUUCACGGGCCUCAGCUGAAAUUAUUUUCAAUGCUAUGUCGAAUUUUUCAACUGCCUGCACGUAUCAUCUAACCGUGAUUGUCGUGGUUUUUCAAGAAAAAAUGUUACCAGAUUUUAAAAGUGUUUUAAACGAAAGUGUCGAAAAAUGCUUCUCACUUAAGCCAGAAGAAUCGAAUGCAGUUAAAUUACCAACAAACUGGACUGUGCAAGCAAAGGAUAUCGUUGUGCAAUUGGUUAAACUUCAACAAACAUCGAGUGGAUACAUUAAAAUAUUAAGCCUGUUUCGAAAAAGUGACGUCAGCGGUUGGGUGGUGACUAUGAUCGAACGAAUACAAAAUCCUGGCCUUUAUAGAGCGUACAUUGCAAAGAAGCAGUCAAUGUGUACAAGGAAUGAAUUAAAAUUGUUUCAUGGGACGGACUCUAAAAAUAUUGCUGCUAUCAAUACUCAAAAUUUCAGCAGAGGAUUUGCCGGGGAAAAUGCUACACGGUAUGGUAAUGGUGUGUAUUUCGCCAGAGAUUCUUCCUAUUCCGUCAACUAUUGCAAAAGUGAAGUUGGUAGAAAUUUGAAAUUAUACGUCGUGAAAGUUUUGAUUGGAGAGUACACCCUUGGCAGAGAAGGAAUGAAGGCGCCACCCCUACGGGGUGAUCGAAAAAAUCCCGGAUUACAGUUCGAUUCCCUCGUUAACAACAUGACGGAUCCCUCAAUUUUUGUUAUAUUUCAAGAUCAUCAAUGUUAUCCUGAAUACCUUAUUUCUUUUAAAAAGAAAGUUAAGUAACCUUUAAGUAGUUAUAGUACAAAAUUUGGAAUCAACAAUCAAUAUAGCCAAAAAAUAACCACAAUUAUCAGACAUAAUUUCAAACAUAGCUAUUCAACAGAUGUAUAACCAUGCAAACGCUCUAUAGUUAUGUAAUCUUUGUAGGCUCUAUGAUUAUACUGAACUAUUAUUAGCUAAACAUCCAAACAAAUAAAGCUUUACUGCAGUGUUUAGUUGAUUUGCAAGUGAACAGCCUUUAAAUCAGCUAUAUGAUCCACAAAUGAAUUGAUCGCGAGUGAGUUGGAUUGGAUAAAUUUAAAUCGUUUUAACAAACCUAAUAUGUAAAUGCCU